AUGCGAAGGGCUGCCGAUUCAGCAGACCGUGUGGUCCGAGAAGUCCACCAAAUCCAUGUGAUCGGAAGGUCGCUUGUUGAUCGGAUCGACUAUCACAGACGUUGGAUGCAAACCGCUUCAGCCAUUCAAAUCGCUCAGGCCAACAAGGUAAUCCAGAUCCUGACCGAGAUAAGUGAUCAUCUUGGCGAGAGCAAUAGCAUUGCUGUAUCGGGUAGUGGAGGUCCUUACGGUUUUGCUCAGCCUGUCUACGAUUUCAUCAAAGAAGAAAUCGAUAACAUCGAUGAGGCUGAGGCGGAUAAGCAUCGAUUCUUUGUGUAUCACCCUGACACAAACUGGUAUGGAGGAUUCCGUCGACUGAUUCGAGAAGACCCUCUUCCACCCACAUUUUGUGCCAAGUCAGAUGACUUGGACGCCUUAUGUCAGUACAUGCAAUGCGUCAGGGCACAAUGUGGAAAAGAUGUUAUCUUCCACUUAUUGAUCCCCGCCUGGGGCCGCAUCUCAAUCAAAGAGCCCUUACAUUUCCCGGACUGCCUUCAGCCAUUUCAAGUCAAGGGAAGGAAGCACAAGGGCAAGCCUUAUGUCGAAUUUAAUCUUCCAGCAGCGCCGACUGGACUUUUGCACGGUGUUGCGAAUAAUGUUCCCAACUGCAUAUGCUCGCACGAAACCGCAAGUAUAGUGUCGGCCGCCGUAACCACGCCAACGGUGGGCUGGGGUGUCAAUAGUGUUUGUCUUGCUGUUGGACUUGGCGUAGGUGCCUUCACAGGAGUUGGGACAUUGAUCGCCAUUCCGGUCUGGAUGGGAACUGCAUGGCCGGCUAUGAUGACCGCAGCACCAGUGAUAGAAAAAUCCAUCUAUGGUGCUCUUCGUGAAGAAGCACCAAUGAUAUUAGGGUCCCGCCAACGCUUACGCAGUACUCCAUAA